GAAUGGUUCACAUGGAUGUAUUGUUACAAAUUUCUUAAAUUUCAACAAUGGAGAAACGGUCUAGUUCUGAUUCGGAUGUUUAUAUGGGACCAUAUAGAGCUACAAAACUUUGGAAUGAUGUAAUUUAUAUGUUUAGAAAUGAAAUGCCAUGUGGAAAACACAGGCGUUACAUGAGAACACAUGAAGAUUGUUUUGUUGCAUCAGCAGCUGUAGAAUGGGUUCACAAUUAUAUGAAUAAUAAUCCCAAUUUUGAAAAGGAAGUAACAAAAGUUCAAACAGUUCAGUUAUUACAGAAAAUAUACAAAGCUGGUGUAUUUGAAGAUGUCCGAGGUCCAAAACAUGGUAGAGCAGAUUUUGCUGAGAAUGGAAGACUAUACAGAUUCACACAUAAAUCUUCUCCCACGAAAGCUACCACAUCGACAGCUAGAACACCUCUCUCUACUCAUAAAAACUUAAUAAACUGUGAUUCCCCAACCACCACACAUGAUAAACCUUGUAAACAGUUUAAUGAAGAUGAUCUCAGAAGUUGCCAUUUAGUUGCUAAAAUAUUAACACCCGAUGAAAUUGAAGAUGUAUGGAAAACAUUUUCAUUAUCAAGGUUACAAUCUACCAUUGGUAUUGAGAACUUGACUGAUAUAAUGGACAGCCAUCUUGUUUCUGGUCAUAAUAUUAUGCAUAAUUGUAUUUAUAUUAAUAAAAGUGGUUUAGUUACAAAUGUUGACAUAAAAGAACAACUACCACCAUGGGCCAUGUCAGCUAUGAAAUGCCUAGCUAGAUGGCCAGAAAAAGUAGAGGAAAACUUACCAAAUUAUGCAGGAUUUGAAAAAGAUGUUUUUGGUGUAGUAAAAGAUUAUUUCAAUAGUUUAUCAGAACCUUUAAUGACCUAUAAUAUGUAUGAAGUUAUUACAAAUGUUUAUGGUAUGUAUGACUCACUCACAUCAGAAGAAAAAGCUAAGAAAGCCUUACAACUCGUUUGUUUAAUUCUUCCACCAGCUAACAGAAGGAAGCUACAACUUCUCCUCAAAUUGAUGUUUAAAAUGUGUAAUAAUACAGAGAUGAAUUUAGAUUCAUCUCAAUCUACUCGAAGUUUGGUAUUACAUACAUUUUAUCGCUGUAUAUUAAGUUGUAAUGAUAGAAAUGAAAUGGAUGAAGUUUUAGUGAUUCAACUUGUUGCCUUUUUAAUGGAUCAUCAUACUGAAAUAUUCAGUGUUCCAACAGAAUUAAAAAUAGCUGUAGAGGAAAGGCUAACAACUUUACAGAAACCUAAGAUUAUGUAUUCACCCAACGAUCCAACGUUAAAUUACUGUCAACAGGUUGGAGUUGAACAGUUUGAACACAUCAAAUUCGAGAAUUCCCAGAAAGCUUUAGUGUCUUUACUGGAAGGCAUUAUAAUUGAUACCAAUAUGACUGAGAAGGAGAAACGUAAACGUUUAAAAUUGUUUCAGAAAACAUAUCCUGAUAUAUAUAAUAAAAGAUUUCCAACAACAGAGAGUGUAGCAGAAGUCUUCCCACCUAAACCCAAGAUCAAACAGCCAUUGUUAGUUAAACCCUUUAUGAAAUUACGUGGUAUAAGAAUGUAGUAAGAUGACCAAAACAAAUACGUUCUAGUUCAUUUGAAAUAUUGUAUUUAUUUUUUUUUUAAUUCUGUAUUUUUAAUUUAAAUGUCUCCUUUCUUGAAAAUUGAUACUCUUUUAAAUCCCUGUUUCUAACUUUGUAAAAAAUAUUGCUUGAAUCAAUUUUUAUUCCUUUUCUAUUUCUUAUUCUUUCCUUUUUCAUUAUCUAGAAUUAAAUUGAAUGAUUUAUUGUGAUAUAUUACUCUAAUUGAACAUUUUUUUGUAAUUGGAAACCCCUAUGUUGUUCUAGUAUUUUGAAAUACUAGGAUAUAUGAAUAGGAUAAAACAUAAGAAUCUUUAACUCCAUGAAAGAUAACCUUUCAUUUUCGUUGUUUUACUUUUCGGAAAGGUUUUCUAAUAGGUGUGAAGUCAAUUAACAGAAUAAUUCAUUUAGUCAUCUUCUUACUUAUUGAUUUGUUAUUUGUUAUUUCUGAAAUAAACUUGAUAUUAUUUGUUCUCUU